UCCGAGCACAAUCUUACAAUCUCUACAGAAGCUACCAAGGCCUAUCCACAACAGCAAGACUUGCCCAUCUCUCCAAAAUUUCCGCGCCAGCCAAGACCAUCCCGGGCGGUUGUACCAGAUGCGGAAAUGUUCCAACUGCCCAACGCCGAGCGAAGUCGAUCGGUGUUUCGAAGCUUUUCUGCCCCCGUCCUGACCAUGACAAACACCAAGAGCAACUUUGGCAGCGAAAGUUCGACCGACUCCAACGAAAAUCAACAUAGCCGCUCGCACUCCAGCGGCGAGUGCUCAGGUCAGGUCGACGACGACAUAGACUCGAUUUCCAGCAGUCAAAUCGACCCAGCACUUUUCGAAUACAGUAGCCGCUGCUUGACCAUGCUUCGGAAUGGAGUUCUGACAGACACGGGAGCUUCCUUCGACACUGGCGAAACCAAGACAAUGAGUCCCCCAAGCGAAGAAGAUUCCCUCGAGCGUGUUGUGGCCCUUGCAGAACUGCGGCUCAUGCUACACGAGAUACUUUCGAACCAGCCAGGCCAUUCUAUGACACAAGAAUAUGAGGCCCUGGUGCGAUUGUACGUCGAGCUCCACACCCGCUGUAUGGCCUCCAUCGACGACGACGAUGGCUACAAUUCAGAGCGACAGUCGAUCAAGAAGCGCAAGCACAGCAAAGCGCAUCCGAAAGAGAGCCAGAGUUGGUGGAGUAGAACCGUGAAGCGAUGGACAUGCUUCUGGAGCACAGUAACACAAACCACUCUACGAUACCGACGACGACUGCUCUCGCCAAUGAGAAAUGUUCAGUGA